GCCAACGAACCGGCGGCGGCAGGGCCGCUCCUCCUCCUCCUUCCCGUGGCCCUGAGGGGAGCCGUGGCCCGGCCGCAGCGGCGCAGCGAGCAACAGAAUGUCCGAAGGAGACAGCGUUGGAGAUUCUGUUCAUGGGAAGCCUUCUGUGGUGUUUAGAUUUUUCACAAGACUUGGACAGAUUUACCAGUCCUGGUUAGACAAAUCUACUCCUUAUACAGCUGUGCGAUGGGUUGUAACUUUGGGGCUAAGUUUCAUCUACAUGAUUAGAGUUUAUCUAUUACAGGGUUGGUACAUCGUGACAUACGCCUUGGGAAUCUACCACCUCAAUCUUUUCAUAGCUUUCCUUUCGCCAAAGGUAGAUCCCUCCUUAAUGGAAGACUCAGAUGAAGGGCCUUCCUUACCAACAAAACAAAAUGAGGAAUUUCGUCCUUUCAUUCGAAGGCUUCCAGAAUUUAAAUUUUGGCAUUCUGCUACUAAGGGCAUUCUCGUUGCUAUGAUCUGUACGUUUUUUGACGCUUUCAACGUCCCAGUGUUCUGGCCGAUCCUCGUGAUGUACUUUGUCAUGCUUUUCUGUAUCACCAUGAAGAGGCAAAUAAAGCAUAUGAUAAAAUACAGGUAUAUACCGUUCACACAUGGGAAGAGGAAAUACAAAGGGAAGGAAGACAUGGGGAAGACAUUUGCUAGUUAGAAUCUGAACUGACCCUGUCACCACAUAAUCUGAGAAGAACCGUUUUGAGCCAUUGUAACAAUGCCUUUUUUCUUCAUAUAAAGUAGUUGAUUAAGAGGGAGUCGAAAUUUUCUUUGUAAAAAAGGAUCUUCAAUUAUUUGUAACUGAAAUGUCAGAGAGGUUCUUGAAGACGCUGGCAUUUAAACCAAAUUGCAUCGAGUUCCUUUUUUGGUCAUGUCACGUGUUUCACUCUGAAGGGAUUCUGGUAGACUGCGACAGUGGGUGAACAGUCUCAUGUGAAGGUGAUGUUUCUCCAUCACCGUCCCAGUCCGUUUGCAUGGCCCUCUAGCGCUUUGAGGGUGUGUGGGGGAUGAGGGAGGGAAGCAUGCUGGGAGCUGCUUUUGGCUUCCUAAGUGGUACAGCAUUCAUGGGAAUGUCCCUAAGUCCUCCCUCAGAUGCAAUCGACGACCUUCAGCUGUCUGGGCACAUGCAUGAUAUUUGGGGGCCAUAAUCAAGUCAUUGAAUAGUAGAUCUGAUGAUGAAUUGAAUGCUGCCUUUUUCCUAAAGAACUUAACAUUUUAAAGGUGAUUUUCACGUAACUGUGUUUGGGGGUCUAAUGCCAGUUUCCUAAUCGCAUCUUACUAGAGAUGUUUAAAGUUUGGCUCUUUUCAUAAUGACUCAAAACUUUGUUCUUAAUGACCAUGAUUUCUUUUGAGGGCCCUGAAUUAUAAAUAUAUAAAUAUAUAUAUUUUCAUUGUUUGAAAUUAUUUUGACACAUUUCUUUGAUAUUUCAAGAAGUGGGGUUGGUUUGGUUUUUGUUUGGGGUUGGGUUUUUUGUUUGUUUUUUUGGUUUUUUUGGAUUAACUUUUUUCCUUUAUGCAUCCCCUUCAGAACUCAACACAGCUGGCAGUAACAGUUUUGUGGGUUUUAACACAUAGAUUUCAUUUUCUAUGGGAAAAAAAAUAGAACUAUGACCUGCAUGUAAACUUUUUUGAUGUGAUAAAACAACUCUAAAAUUUUAUUAAGUGACUUUUUAAUUCCAGACUUUAUUAAAGAUAGUGUCCCCUUUCUUGUGUUAGUCUUUAUAUAAGAACACUACAGCUCAUCACAUAUCAUAGGAAAACCCAGUUGGUAAAAGUAUUCAUUUUUUUCUACAACUGAAUCAUUUUAGCUUACAGCUACUGAAAAAAAAAUACAAAAUAUUUGAAUGAAUUGCCACUAUGGUCUUAUAUGCCAUAGUGAAAAUUAAUGUAUUUGCUCCCUGAUCUUAGAGUAAUGCAUAGAAUAGAUACUUUGAGAGCUAUUUUUAAUAGUAUAUCCUUUAAUUGUAGAUGCCGAGUUUGGGGGUAUAUAUGAACAUGGUCUCUAUUACCCAGAUAUUUAUGCAAUGUUCAGUUAUGGGAUUUCUAGAAUUGAGGCUUUAACAAUUUUUUUUUGUUCUCCGUGAUUAUAUAGUAAAAGUACUCUUGAAAAUUUCA